UCGAGACGUCAUUGUUGCCAAAGUAGUCUGGUAACCGCAUUUGGAUUGGCGGUAUAAUAAUGCUGUUCACUUUAUUCGCUCCAGGGAUGCGAUACGGGUGAGCGCGAGAGUCUGAAACUAAACCAAUUACCAGCAAGCGUGAGCCGUUUUUAGAUUUGUUACGGAGCUGAAUGGACACGAGGUGAUUCCCCCUUUGCAAGAUGGCAACCCUCGUCGGUGGCUAUGCCCUGGCUCCACCAGGCACCUAUCCACCCCAGCCCAGUGUGGUCCCUCAAGAGGUGCCCAGCUACAUGAUGGAGGAGAAGCUUCAAGAAAAAGCUCGAAAAUGGCAGCAGCUGCAGUCCAAGCGUUAUGCCGAGAAGCGAAAGUUCGGCUUUGUGGAUGCCCAGAAAGAGGACAUGCCCCCUGAACAUGUGCGGAAAAUCAUCCGUGACCACGGCGACAUGACCAACAGAAAGUUUAGACAUGACAAGAGGGUAUACUUGGGGGCCCUGAAGUACAUGCCUCAUGCCGUUCUCAAGCUGAUUGAGAACAUGCCCAUGCCGUGGGAGCAGAUUCGCGACGUCAACGUCUUGUACCACAUCACCGGAGCCAUAUCAUUUGUCAACGAGGUGGCCAGGAUCAUUGAACCCGUCUACAUUGCACAGUGGGGAACCAUGUGGAUCAUGAUGCGACGCGAGAAGCGCGACCGUCGCCAUUUCAAACGUAUGCGCUUCCCACCCUUUGAUGACGAAGAGCCGCCGCUGGACUAUGCAGACAACAUUCUGGAUGUGGAACCACUAGAGCCAAUCAACAUGGAGCUUGAUCCAGAAGAGGACGGGCCCGUCUACGAGUGGUUCUAUGAUCACAAACCACUAAUUGACACAGUCAAUGUGAAUGGCACCAGCUACAAGAGUUGGCGGCUGACCCUGCCCAUGAUGUCCACCGUCUACCGGCUUGCCAAUCAGCUGCUGACUGACCUCAUGGACGAAAACUACUUCUACCUAUUUGACCUCAAGUCUUUCUUCACCUCCAAGGCCCUCAACAUGGCCAUCCCCGGCGGUCCCAAGUUUGAGCCACUUGUGCGAGACGCCACCCUCCUGGAUGAGGAUUGGAAUGAGUUUAACGACGUGAACAAGAUUAUCAUCCGCCAGCAAAUCCGUACAGAGUACAAGAUAGCUUUCCCGUACCUCUACAACAACCUGCCUUACUACGUCCAGCUGACAUGGUACCACACCCCAAGUGUUGUGUUCAUUAAGACAGAAGAUCCUGAUCUACCUGCCUUCUACUUUGAUCCCCUUAUCAACCCAAUCUCCCACAGACACAGCGGAAAGGUGGUUGAGCCUUUACCGGAUGACGAUGAGGAGUUUGAGCUGCCUGACUACGUCCAGCCCUUCCUGCAGGACAGGCCGCUGUACACAGACAACACGGCCAAUGGCAUUGCUUUGCUGUGGGCACCGAGACCCUUCAACCUGCGCUCUGGCCGGCACAGACGAGCAGUGGAUGUACCGUUAGUCAAAUCCUGGUACCGCGAACACUGCCCAAGCGGUCAGCCGGUCAAAGUUCGCGUCUCGUACCAGAAACUCCUGAAGAUCUAUGUCCUGAAUGCCCUCAAGCACAGGCCCCCAAAGUCGCAGAAAAAGAGGUACCUAUUCCGUUCCUUCAAGGCAACCAAGUUUUUCCAGUCCACUACAUUGGAUUGGGUGGAAGUGGGCUUGCAGGUGUGCCGGCAAGGCUACAACAUGCUUAACCUGCUCAUCCACCGCAAAAAUCUCAACUAUCUCCAUCUGGACUACAACUUCAACCUGAAGCCUGUCAAGACGCUGACCACCAAGGAGCGUAAGAAGUCCCGUUUUGGCAACGCCUUCCAUCUGUGUCGUGAGAUCCUUCGGCUGACCAAGCUGAUUGUGGACAGCCACGUGCAGUACAGACUGGGCAACGUAGAUGCAUUCCAGCUUGCUGAUGGCCUACAGUACAUCUUUGCCCACGUUGGACAGCUGACUGGCAUGUACCGCUACAAGUACAAGCUGAUGAGACAGAUCCGGAUGUGCAAGGACCUCAAGCAUCUGAUCUAUUACCGCUUCAAUACGGGCCCGGUGGGCAAGGGCCCCGGCUGCGGGUUCUGGGCACCCGGCUGGCGCGUCUGGGUCUUCUUCCUGCGUGGCAUCACCCCGCUUCUGGAGCGCUGGCUGGGCAACCUACUGUCCAGACAGUUUGAGGGACGGCACUCAAAGGGGGUCACCAAGACGGUCACCAAGCAGCGCGUGGAGAGCCACUACGACCUGGAGCUCAGGGCAUCGGUGAUGCAUGACAUCUUGGACAUGAUGCCAGAAGGGAUUAAGCAGAACAAGGCUCGCACCAUCCUGCAGCAUCUCAGUGAGGCGUGGCGCUGCUGGAAGGCCAACAUUCCCUGGAAGGUUCCUGGCUUGCCCACACCCAUCGAGAACAUGAUCUUGCGCUACGUCAAGUCUAAGGCUGACUGGUGGACUAACACGGCCCACUACAACCGAGAGCGUAUCCGGCGGGGGGCCACUGUGGACAAGACAGUCUGCAAGAAGAACCUGGGCAGAUUGACUCGGCUGUAUCUGAAGGCGGAGCAGGAGAGGCAGCACAACUACCUGAAAGACGGACCCUACAUCACCGCAGAGGAAGCCGUGGCCAUAUACACCACCACCGUCCACUGGCUGGAGAGCCGUCGAUUCUCCCCAAUCCCCUUCCCACCUCUCUCCUACAAACACGACACUAAGCUGUUGAUCCUGGCCCUGGAGAGACUCAAGGAGGCUUACAGUGUCAAGAGCCGGUUGAACCAGUCACAACGUGAGGAGUUGGGCCUGAUUGAGCAGGCGUAUGACAACCCCCAUGAGGCCCUCAGUCGCAUCAAGCGUCACCUCCUGACCCAGCGUGCCUUCAAGGAGGUCGGCAUCGAGUUCAUGGACCUGUACAGUCAUCUGAUCCCUGUCUACGAUGUGGAGCCUCUGGAGAAGAUCACCGAUGCCUACCUGGACCAGUACCUGUGGUAUGAAGCAGACAAAAGGCGUCUCUUCCCCCCGUGGAUCAAGCCAGCUGACACCGAACCCCCGCCACUGCUGGUGUACAAGUGGUGCCAAGGCAUCAACAACUUGCAGGACGUAUGGGACACUGCAGAGGGCGAGUGCAACGUCAUGAUGGAGUCACGCUUUGAGAAGAUGUACGAGAAGAUCGACUUGACCCUGCUCAAUCGACUCCUGCGUCUCAUCGUGGACCACAAUAUCGCCGAUUACAUGACGGCCAAGAACAAUGUCGUCAUCAACUACAAGGAUAUGAACCACACCAAUUCCUACGGCAUCAUCCGCGGUCUACAGUUUGCUUCCUUUAUUGUCCAGUACUAUGGUCUGGUACUUGACCUCCUGGUGCUGGGCCUCCACAGGGCCAGUGAGAUGGUUGGGCCCCCUCAAAUGCCAAACGACUUCUUACAGUUCCAGGAUGUUGCCACGGAAACGAGCCACCCAAUCAGACUCUACUCUAGAUACAUCGACAGGGUUCACAUUUUCUUCAGAUUCUCAGCAGAGGAGGCCCGUGACCUAAUCCAGCGCUACUUGACGGAGCACCCCGACCCCAACAAUGAAAACAUCGUUGGCUACAACAACAAGAAAUGCUGGCCUCGAGAUGCCAGGAUGAGACUCAUGAAACACGACGUCAAUCUUGGUCGUGCCGUCUUCUGGGACAUGAAGAACCGUCUGCCCCGUUCCAUCACCACCUUCCAAUGGGAGUCCAGCUUCGUCUCCGCCUACAGCAAGGACAACCCCAACCUGCUCUUCAACAUGUCUGGCUUUGAGUGCCGCAUACUGCCUAAGUGUCGGACGACUUCGGAGGAGUUCACCCACAAGGAUGGAAUCUGGAACCUGCAGAACGAGGUGACCAAGGAGCGCACUGCCCAGUGUUUCCUGCGAGUCGAUGAGGAAUCCAUGCAACGAUUCCACAACAGGGUCCGACAAAUCCUCAUGGCAUCUGGGUCCACAACCUUCACCAAGAUUGUCAACAAGUGGAAUACAGCCCUGAUCGGCUUGAUGACCUACUACCGCGAGGCAGUGGUCAACACCCAGGAGCUGCUGGACCUGCUGGUCAAGUGCGAGAAUAAGAUCCAGACCCGCAUCAAGAUCGGUCUGAACUCCAAGAUGCCCAGUCGGUUCCCACCAGUCGUCUUCUACACACCCAAGGAGCUUGGUGGCCUGGGCAUGCUGUCCAUGGGCCACGUGCUGAUCCCCCAGUCUGAUCUGAGGUGGUCCAAGCAGACAGAUGUCGGCAUCACCCACUUCCGAUCUGGUAUGAGCCAUGACGAGGACCAGCUCAUCCCCAACCUGUACCGCUACAUCCAGCCCUGGGAGAGCGAGUUCAUUGACUCGCAGCGGGUGUGGGCUGAGUACGCGCUGAAGAGGCAAGAGGCCAACGCUCAGAACAGGCGCCUGACUUUGGAGGAUCUGGAAGAUUCGUGGGAUCGUGGCAUACCUCGCAUCAACACGCUGUUCCAGAAAGACCGACACACCCUGGCUUAUGACAAGGGCUGGAGAGUCCGCACGGACUUCAAGCAGUACCAGGUCCUGAAACAGAACCCCUUCUGGUGGACCCACCAGCGCCACGAUGGCAAGCUGUGGAACCUCAACAACUACCGGACUGACAUGAUCCAGGCCCUCGGGGGCGUGGAGGGAAUCCUGGAACACACACUGUUCAAGGGCACCUACUUCCCCACUUGGGAGGGUCUCUUCUGGGAGAAGGCCAGCGGCUUUGAGGAAUCCAUGAAGUACAAGAAGCUGACCAACGCCCAGCGAUCUGGUCUGAACCAGAUCCCCAACCGUCGCUUCACCCUCUGGUGGUCGCCCACCAUCAACAGAGCCAAUGUCUACGUAGGUUUCCAGGUCCAGCUGGACCUGACCGGCAUCUUCAUGCACGGCAAGAUCCCCACUCUCAAAAUCUCCCUCAUCCAGAUAUUCAGGGCCCACUUGUGGCAGAAGAUCCAUGAGAGUGUGGUCAUGGACUUGUGCCAGGUAUUCGACCAGGAGCUAGACGCCCUGGAGAUUGAGACGGUACAGAAGGAAACCAUCCAUCCAAGGAAGUCAUACAAGAUGAACAGCUCUUGCGCCGACAUCCUCCUCUUUGCCUCCUACAAGUGGAACGUCUCGAGACCAUCACUCCUAGCCGACAGCAAGGACAUGAUGGACAGCAGCACCACCCAGAAGUACUGGCUGGACAUCCAGCUGCGUUGGGGUGACUACGACUCCCACGACAUUGAGCGCUACGCCAGGGCCAAGUUCCUGGACUACACUACGGACAAUAUGAGUAUCUACCCCUCACCCACAGGGGUACUCCUGGCUAUUGAUUUGGCCUACAACCUCCAUAGUGCAUUUGGGAACUGGUUCCCAGGUAGCAAGCCCUUGAUCCAGCAGGCUAUGGCCAAGAUCAUGAAGGCCAACCCUGCCCUCUACGUUCUGCGAGAGCGUAUCCGCAAGGGUCUCCAGCUCUACUCCUCGGAGCCCACCGAGCCCUACCUGUCCUCCCAGAACUACGGCGAGCUGUUCUCCAACCAGAUCAUCUGGUUCGUGGAUGAUACCAAUGUGUACCGAGUCACCAUUCACAAGACUUUUGAGGGCAACCUGACCACCAAGCCCAUUAACGGAGCCAUCUUCAUCUUCAACCCUCGCACCGGCCAGCUCUUCCUGAAGAUCAUCCACACCUCGGUCUGGGCCGGCCAGAAACGUCUGGGCCAGCUGGCCAAGUGGAAGACGGCCGAGGAGGUAGCUGCCCUGAUCCGCUCCCUGCCUGUGGAGGAGCAGCCCAAGCAGAUCAUUGUCACCAGGAAGGGCAUGUUGGAUCCCCUGGAGGUUCACUUGCUAGACUUCCCAAACAUCGUCAUCAAGGGCAGUGAGUUGCAGCUGCCCUUCCAGGCCUGCCUGAAGGUGGAGAAGUUUGGUGACCUGAUCCUUAAGGCGACGGAGCCCCAGAUGGUGCUCUUCAAUCUCUACGAUGACUGGCUCAAGACUAUCUCCUCCUACACGGCCUUCUCACGUCUGAUCCUGAUCCUGAGGGCACUGCACGUCAACAAUGAUCGCACCAAGGUGAUCCUAAAGCCGGACAAGACCACCAUCACGGAGCCCCACCACAUCUGGCCCACACUGACUGACGAGGAGUGGAUCAAGGUGGAGGUGACGCUGAAGGACCUCAUCCUGGCCGACUACGGCAAGAAAAACAAUGUGAACGUGGCAUCCUUGACCCAGUCAGAGAUCAGGGACAUCAUCUUGGGCAUGGAGAUCUCAGCGCCCUCGCAGCAGCGUCAGCAGAUUGCCGAGAUUGAGAAGCAGACCAAGGAGCAGUCACAGCUGACGGCCACCACAACCAAAACCGUCAACAAACAUGGUGAUGAGAUAAUCACCUCCACAACCAGCAACUACGAGACGGCCACCUUCUCGUCCAAGACGGAAUGGCGGGUGCGAGCCAUCUCGGCCACCAACCUCCACUUGCGUACCAAUCACAUCUAUGUGUCCUCAGAUGACAUCAAGGAGACUGGCUUCACCUACAUCCUGCCCAAGAACGUUCUCAAGAAGUUCAUUACCAUCUCAGAUUUGAGGGCCCAGAUUGCCGGCUACCUGUAUGGCGUCAGCCCCCCAGACAACCCUCAAGUUAAGGAGAUCCGAUGCAUCGUGAUGGUCCCCCAGUGGGGCACACACCAGACUGUCCAUCUACCCAACCAGCUGCCUGAUCAUGAGUUUCUGAAGGAGAUGGAGCCCUUAGGUUGGGUGCACACCCAGCCCAACGAGCAGCCCCAACUCUCUCCUCAAGAUGUCACCACCCACGCCAAGAUCAUGGCUGACAACCCAACGUGGGACGGCGAGAAGACUAUCGUCAUCACUUGCAGCUUCACCCCCGGGUCCUGUUCCCUGACCGCCUACAAGCUGACGCCCUCGGGCUACGAAUGGGGCCGCUCCAACACGGACAAGGGUAACAACCCAAAGGGCUACCUGCCAUCGCACUAUGAGCGGGUGCAGAUGCUGCUGUCAGAUCGCUUCCUGGGCUUCUUCAUGGUCCCCGCCCAGGGCUCCUGGAACUACAACUUCAUGGGUGUGCGCCAUGACCCCGGGAUGCGCUACGAGCUCCAGCUGGCCAACCCAAAGGAGUUCUACCAUGAGGUCCACCGGCCAUCCCACUUCCUCAACUUCAGCUCCCUGGAGGAGACCAGCGACCUGAUGGGCAGUGACCGAGAGGACAUGUACAAGUGAUAAGACUUUCGAGAAGAGUCUCUCUGAGUGGAAUGGACAAUUACAAGUGGAGGCAUGUAAGUAGGUGGGUUGGUGAUUACAACAGGGGUGGGAUGGUGAAUGGAUGAAGUGGUUCAAUUCCAGCAAUGGUUGCAUUCUUGAAUCUUGUUCUUAUAAAACUUUCAUCUGUUUGGGAUGUGUCUUUUGUGGGCAACACGAGAUAUAACUCAUUCCUUAGAGUGGGGGAAUUACAGACUGAGGACUGUAAGCAGGUGGGUCGGGAUUUGUAAGGAGGGAGGAAUCUGGUUCAAUACAGCAAUUAUCCUACUCAACGAUUAAUAUUUUGGCAGUGAAGGGACUUUCCUGAGCACCUCUAGGUGGGACUCGUUUCCAACAGUUUGCAGAUUACAAAUGAAGAAUUGCAAGUAGGUGAAUAAGGUUUCUAAGGGAAGGGUUAACCAAAAUGAUGGAUAGAUAUCAGUAAUGGCCCAAACUUUAUGAAAUCUUAAAUCCUUUGCAGUGCACCAACUUUUAUGGGAAGUCUCACAAAGUACCUCAUUCCCUGUAGAGGUUUGGAGAAAUAAAUAUUUUAAGUAAUUGUGUACAGAGCUUACAGCCAACUGAUAGUAUGAUGACAAACCUGAUGGAAUGGAAUUAGAAGGGUGGGGUUUCUUUAUCUGUGUUGUUUCUAUACAAAAGGCAAAUGAGGUUCAAAGCCAUGAGAAUUAAUGGAGGAGGUAAGAUCUUGUUUUAGUUUUGGGUGACAACUGGUCGCACUCGUAAAGCUGUCUCUGUCAGAUUGUCAUUGUUAAAUUACCAGAGUUUCUUGUAUGUACUUUAAGGGCUCUUUUUCAGCUGCUGUUAUUUAAGAAAUCAGUUUUUAAACCUUUUUUAAUAUUCUGAAUAGGAGUUUGUAAGCCAUUUCCGAAGGAAUUAAUUGGAUAAUUACUGGAGGAAGAAGAAAUGGCUCUCAGAAUUAGAUUGAAAUCAUUAAAGGCAGCUUUCGUCUAGUAUUCUCUAAACAUAAUGAAAAAAAUGGUUUUGGGUUGAUUUUUUAAAUAAUGAGUCACUGAUACAUAAAUUGGAGGCACCUGUGUUUUGACGUUCGGAGUUCCGGAUAGAGCAGUAGGAGUGUUGUACUGUAUGUCAUCUUUGAGUUUUCUAAUUAAAGGAAAUACUACAUUUAAAGCUGGAUGCUGAUGCUGGUGUAAAGUUUGACUAGAAAUGAAAUAGAAAACGCUUUUGUAAAUCGUAAGAUUUGGAAAAAAGAUAAAACCAAAACGUUGCCAUGCAUAUUUCAAAUUGUCACAAUAGAUUUACGUGUAAUAACUCGAGGCAAAGGUACAUGUGGGUCGUAUCAGAUUUUUUUGCUGUGACAAUUUUGCUGUUAAUUUUGUUUCCUGGAAGUUGUCAUUUUCGUUAUUGUACUGUUUGUGUUUAGUGACCUAUUGUGAGGUUUUCAGUUCAUUGAUUUGGAUUAUUUGUUUUGUUUGGUCCUCGUCAUAGUUUUACAACAUACUGUAGUGUAUGUACGUUGUAGAAGCAUUAUGAUUUACUUUGGAAAUUAAACGCCUCGGAUGUGUACUCAAAAGUUUGAUAAA